AUGAAUACACCUGACUUGCGAGGCAAAGAGAGAAAGAGUAGAAGAACACAUAAAAACUCUAGGGAUGGAUGCCCCAAUUGUAAACAAAAGAGGAUAAAAUGCUCAGAGGAGUUACCUGCAUGCCACAACUGUAUCAAGAAGAAUUAUCAUUGUGGAUACCUCGACUAUAGUGAAGAUAAGUUGGAGAAAAUAAGGAAGAAGAACCAAGAUAAACAACAAUCAACCAAUGGAAACCAAGGCAUGAACAAAACAGGGCAAUCUCAUUCAAAUAACCCUCCCGUUAACAACAUCAGCAAUUUGGAUAACGAAGGCUCCAAUCAGAUCCCUUUAGAAGCAGGCAUUAGCCAUCACCGACCGCUUCAGGAGUUAUCGCAUCCAAACCACACACUGCACUUUGCCAAUGUCCCGGAGACUACGGUGUUUAUCAACGAUGGACUAAACAAAACAGAUUCUAUUCAUCAACUAAACGUUGAAUCCUUGAGGAGAGGUUUUUCAAAUACCUACCACAACCAGACCUCUCUAUUGAAUCCAAAUUCAUCAGAUAUUGUGAAUGGCAACAACAAUUUUGCAAUCACUCCACCAUUUGCUGGCCAAACCAUGUCGUUAGAUUCUUCCCCAUAUUCAGACUCGCCGAACAACGUUGACCAAUUAUUCUCAAGUUACUUUCCGACUUUCAUACCAAAUCAAUCUGUGAACUCGAUAACUCCUCCAAAUAUUUUCGAAUUCGCCGUUGACAGCGAUUAUGAUUAUUUCAAUAAUGCACCACUUGGAAACGAAGAUUUGAACUUGGCGGUGUUUACCGAUUCAAUACGUAAACUCUCCCAGUUGGAUCCAGAAGUGUAUGUGGCGACCGAUUACACGGGAAUAGCAAACUCCAGUUUGGAGCAAAUCAGUCAACCAGACCUACAAAGACAAUUGGCUCAUCUUGAUACAACAAAGUUUAUGGCGCUGGGACAUACAGAAUCUCAACCGGUGAUAGAACCUGAGCAAGGACAACCGAUAUCAGCUGGUCGUGAUGGGAGCGAAGGUUUCGAAAAUGUCAAGAGGGAUAGUGAUGCCAGCAUUGGAAAUCAAGCCAAACUGAUGACAGGCGGUCCUUUACCAAAUGCAAAGAAAUCUAAUGUUGCAUUCAAGGUGUUGCAACACCAGGAAAACAUUAAACUGUUAUUUACUCGAAAAGCAAACAAAUUCCAGCCCGACCCCAAACUAUACACAUUGCAAUUGCAUCAACCUGAUUGGACAAGAAGGAAUAACGAGGACUUGUGGACUGUUACACUUGGCGAGGCACUAGUUUUACAUCAUGCGUUCUUUUCAUUUUUUGUCGAUAGAGGUUUAUGUGUUAUUUUGAAAGUGUGUGAUAACUCGGUGAAAUCAAGCAGCAGCGUAUCUUGCUUUACCCCAGAAAUUCAAAGGAUCUUGACAAAGAAAUCCUAUGCUUAUUUUGGUCGUAUAAUCAGAAAUUUGAGAGUGUCAGUUAAUGAAGUCGAUGUGCAAACCACUACGAUAGGAUCGUGGUACGCAGGCUGGUCGCUGAUUCUUCAUAAGCGUGCAAGUGCUAAGGCCACAACCUUAUUCUUCGGUGGCUCAGCGUCACUUUUGUGGAAUUGCUUGAAUAAUUGCAAAGGCUUUAACGAUCUUGAUCCGAGAUUGAGAUUCAUUGCCCAUGCAGUGAGAAAUCACACAUCUUGUGCGGUUAUUCCAGACUAUAAAAUCGAUGUCAUUUCAAACAUACGUGAAACCUUUACAUUGACGAAAAAAUUUAUAAACUACAACACCAACUUAACCAGUUCCAGCAACGGGUACAUACUAAAAUAUUUCAUCGAUAUGGAAAAGUUUUUGGACUAUCUACUUGAAGAUUUAUACCCCCGCUUUAUUUACAUUGAUCAAUUUUACAAGGAGAAAAAUAGUAUAAGCAACAAUAAACUUGGAAUUCGGUACUUUUCGCCGUCUUUGUUGUAUGAGCUCAUAAAUCGAUGGCUUCGAAUUAUCCCAAGUCAUGCCCGUUCUAUUGGGAGAGAAAUGUCGCCCCUAAAACGAACGUUUUAUCUAUUUUACAUUGCCGUUGCUAAAGCCUUGGCAAGCGUGUUUCCAAUAAUACGAAGUGCAUUUUUGGUUGACACUUGGGAUACUUUAUAUCCCCAAAUUGACUUUGACUACCAUUUAUUCAAAUUUUCAAGAGACGAAGUAGCCGAUGAAGCACAAUACAAUUUCUUGUCCAAUUGCACUUCCAAGUUAAUGCGUUUGAUAAAGUUUUUCAAUACAAGGCAGCGAAUAAUUGCCCAUGUAUUGUCAGCGGACACAGUUCUUGAGCCAGGGAAGAGUUUUAUCGAGUCCGUGAAUCCAGAACAUGAUGAGACUAGAGAAGCAAUGAAAGACAUAGCUUUCAUGACUCCUGAAAAACGAGAUUUUGAAGAAGUAAUGUUGAGCAAUUUCACCAUCAACACAAUCGUGAAUAUUUACAAUUAUCCGAAGCUAGUUGAUUUUAGCAACAACUUGUUCAAAGGCAAUAGGUUUAGAAGAAUCAUAGAACGUGAGAACCAUAACCAAAAGGUACGUAUUGAGGAAUACAGGGCAAAGUAUAAAAACACAGGUGCUAGUGAAGCUGCAAAGAAAGAGCAUCAAACGAAUGUGAACCAUGCGUAUGACUUUGAUUUCGAUAGAGGCAUGUUUUCAUUUGAUUAUUCCGUGGAGCCAAUACUAGAGCACCUUCUUGAGUAUUUAGAUAAUGCAUCACCGAAGGAAGAAUUGUCAAUAGAGGAAUUAAAGGGACAGAUUUUGAAUUUUGAAUCGUCUCACAAAAAUAUGUUUCGCAGCAUCGACCAGAAUGCUACGAAUUAG